AUGAAGCCUAUUAUGCUCCAUGGACAUGAAAGGUCCAUCACCCAAAUUAAAUAUAGUCGUGAAGGCGAUCUUAUUUUUUCCUGUGCCAAAGACUCAACCCCAAAUGUCUGGUUCUCCUUAAAUGGUGAACGUUUAGGAAGUUACCGUGGACACAAUGGCGCUGUGUGGUGUAUUGAUGUGGACUGGGACACACAAAAUAUUCUGACUGGAUCUGCUGAUAAUACUUGCCGUUUAUGGAAUUGUGAAAAAGGUACACAAUUAGUCAGUAUACCCACCAGCACAGCCGUAAGAACCAACGGUUUCUCUUACAGUGGACAGUUGAUUAUGUUCUCAACAGAUACUACUAUGGGCCACCAAUGUGCGAUUUAUAUUUAUGACAUUCGGGAUCACAGUCAAAUCAAAAAUGGUAAACCUGCAAGACUGAUAGAAGUGAAUGAGUCGAAAGUGACCUGUGGUAUUUGGGGUCCUUAUGAUGAAUACCUGAUAACUGGUCAUGAAAAUGGAGAGCUUAGCCACUUUGAUGUUAAGACUGGAGAACAAGUUUUGUGUGUGAGUGAUCAUAAAAAAACGAUUAAUGAUAUCCAAGGAUCUCGUGACCAGACAAUGGUUGUUACAGCAUCAAAGGACAACACUGCCAAGUUGUUUGAUUCUAGUUCGCUGCAGCACAUGAAAACUUUUAGGACAGAACGUCCCGUUAAUUCUGCUUCACUUUCUUCUCUCAAAGAACAUGUUGUACUUGGAGGUGGCCAGGAAGCCAUGGAAGUCACCACCACUUCAGCCAGAGUGGGAAAAUUUGAUGCACGUUUCUACCACAUGAUAUUCGAAGAAGAAUUUGCUCGUGUCAAAGGCCAUUUUGGUCCCAUCAAUAGUGUUGCUUUCCACCCUGAUGGCAAAAGUUUCAGCAGUGGAGGUGAAGACGGUUAUUACAGUGGGGUGAGGAGCAAAGUUAUCAUGAGUUCGUGGAAUAGUGCUGAGUAG